AUGCAUUGUAGUGGAUGUAAUUGGACAUUGAUAAAUGGAUCCUUUUGGGACCAGUUUACUUAUGAUAAUCCAGUGACAGAAGAAGGAGAUUACGAACCAGGAUCGCACGGACUCUGCAUCGAAAUUUGGGAAACCCAUAGACUUCGAAAUGUGUAUAGCAUUAUAAUACAAUUACUUCAGUAUGUUAUUCCCUUAAUUAUAAUGAUAUGUGCAUACAUUAACAUUGGAUACAUGAUUUGGAUAAAACAAACACCUGGUGAGGCAAAUAAAGAAAGAGAUAAGAGAAUUGCAUUAUCUAAAAGAAAGACUAUUUCAGAGAUAGGAGAAUUGCAUUAUCUAAAAGAAAGAUAUGCGCACAUACUAUGGCUGUUUUUUCACUGGCUGUCAUUCAGCAAUACCGGUAUCAAUCCAAUGGUUUAUUGUUGGAUUAAUAAGUCAUUUCGGGAGAAGAUAAGGCUAUUGUUUUAUUUGCCUGUUUGUAAUCGCAGAAGAUCGUUUAAAGCACAUAAAAGAUAUUGUCUUUCAAACAACAAACGUUUUUCCAAAAGAAGAAGAGAAGCAUGUAAAGAGAAACAAAAGGAAACUGUCAUUUCUUAG